AUUCUGGCUGCAUUCACAUCGCCAUUCUCCGUUACUAAUGCGUCUUGGAAGCCAAGCCUAGAUAGCAAACAGACAGAAUGGUUAUCAUGAACAGCCAAUGGAAAUCUACCAAGACCACGUUUCCACCAUGUUGCUAUCUUGCCCUCGGUCGCGCUAUGUCCGAAAGAUAGCAUUGAAUGGCUUCGUUGAUAAUGAUGUCCGGAACUUCGGUUAUCCCUAUACCGCGCCAUGUAUAUAUCUUCGCAAUUGCCGAUCCUGCUCCUCCUCCCUCUCCCCUGCUCCUUAUUGUUGUCAACUAAUAUCACCUAUUGAUCGAGAACAUGGCAACCAUGGCUGAUGCGGAAAAGGCACCGGUCCAAGUGACCCAGCCUCCUACCGAAGAAAGUGCUCCCCAGAGGGCAAGUAUAACCGGCAAGGUCGGCUUUUGGAAACGCUCUUUUGUCAAUGAUCCCAACGAACUGGGACGAGACCUUCUGAAGAAGGCGCUCGAAUUCGAUGAAGCGCAACUCGAACGAGACGCGAUCAAAGUCCGCAGGAAGUUGGACUUCAUGGUCCUACCGAUGAUGAUGACCACCUACAUGCUGAGUUUCUUGGACAAGCAAACGCUCAACUAUUCCAACGCCUAUGGUCUGCAAAAGGACACCCACAUGAAAGGGAACGACUACUCAUGGGUUGCAUCUGCGCUAUACUUCGGCUGGCUGGUCGGCGCAUAUCCCUGGAAUAUCAUCCUGCAACGCUACCCGAUUGGAAAACUGCUGGGCUGCAUGUUGUUUGUCUGGGGAAGUGUUUGUAUGCUGCAAGCCGCCGUUUUCACCUUCUCCGGAUUCUUCGCUAUCCGAUUCUUCCUCGGCAUGCUUGAGGCCUGCAUAUCCCCGGCAUUCGUCAUCCUCACAUCCAUGUUGUGGACAAGAGAAGAGCAAAUGCUUAGGACAUCAUUCUGGCUCUCGACCAAUGGCGUCUCUUCCAUUCUUGGAGCUCUUCUGGCGUACGGCUCGGGUCAUGCCGCCAAUUUGGCCGUGCCAAACUGGAAGCUGAUUUACUUGAUCGUUGGUGCAAUGACAUUCGCUUGGGGAUUUGUCAUCUUGAUCUAUCUACCAGACGGUCCCCACAACGCCAAAAUGCUUAACGAACACGAACGGAUGGUCGCUGUUUGGAGAGUCUCGAAGAACCGAAUGGGUAUCAAGCAUCGUGCCAUUGUCAAAUAUCACAUCAAAGAGGCUCUUGUCGAUCCGAAGACCUACCUGCUCCUGCUUAUGGGAGUCGCCACCGGCAUCUUGAACGGUGGCGUGGCCAACUUCAUCUCGACUCUCAUCAAAGGUUUCGGCUUCGAUGCUCUCAAGACGAGUCUUCUCCAAACUCCUGGAGGUGCAUUCGAACUUAUUGGCUGUAUGUUCUUUGGUUGGGUGGCCACAAAGAAGAACAUGUUGGGCGCUUCGGUCAUCAUAUCAUCCUUGCCUGGUAUGAUCGGAUUGAUCGGUCUUCUUACCAUCAACAUCAAGCAUCGGUAUGCCCUCGUCGCCAUGUGCUGGUUGCAGAAUGUUCUCGGAGCCCCUAUUAUCCUUGGAUGGACCCUGCCAGGUGUCAAUACGUCCGGCCACACCAAGAGAACUACUGUCAUCGGUAUGUUCUUCUGCUUCUACUGCGCCGGUAAUAUCAUCGGACCACAUCUCUUCCUUGCCACCGAGGCUCCAAGGUACUUCACGGCUGUCAAGGGAUUACUCGGAACUUAUUGCGCCCUCAUCGUCUUUCAAGCCAUCUACACCCCUUGGUGCUACUUUGACAACAAGGCUCGCGACAAGAAAGGAUUGCAUGCCGCGAGGGUUGAAGAAGAGCUUCUGGAAGGUUUUGAUGAUCUGACGGACAAAGAGAACAAGCAUUUCAGAUACAAGAUUUAGUGCAAUCACCGAGAUGUAAAUAGGGGUGAUGAUCAUGACAGGGUCACAUUUCGAUGGGCACGGUGUGUGACCGACGAGGUCACAAGGAGGGCCCAGGCCUCAAUGCUUUUACAAAUUUGUCUUUGUAUACGUAUGCACGUUGUGCGCUUCAUCGAGCCAACUUGGGGUACAAGCCUGUGUGGGGCGGUCAACUGCUUUGUUGACACGCACGUUCUUUCCAAAGCCGACCCGAAGUCUGCUUGUUUGGUCCAAU